AUGAAUCCUAUGACUAAUAUGAAAAAUGUGCUAAAACUAAGCGAACUGGAUUUGAAAUCGGGCGGCAUUGGUUCCUGGCACAAUCAGUACAGCGGCAGUGCUUGGAUAUUUGUCGGUGGGCUACUCUAUGACCUUACCGAAGGGGAUAUACUGUGCGUGUUUUCCCAGUACGGGGAGAUCGUGAACGUGCACCUGGUGCGGGACAAAGCGACCGGGAAGUCGAAAGGAUUCGCCUUUAUCUGUUACGAAGAUCAGCGAUCCACCGUGCUGGCGGUGGACAAUUUGAACGGCAUAAAGCUCGUUGGAAAAACGAUCCGUGUUGACCAUGUGCAGGACUACCGACCACCCAAGGAAACGGACAAAACGGAUGCAGAAACGCACCAGCUGUUAAUGGAAGGAUGCGCACCGGAGGUGGUGAUGAGAAAGCAGGCGGAAGGACGCUCGGACAGGCGGACACCGGAACGUAGUGCGGAACGAUCGCGGGAGGUGUACAGUAAAGUUAAGCGUGAACGACACGAACCGUCCAUUAAGAAGGAGAAAGAAAGACGAUAG